AUGGACGAUGAUCCCCUAGUCUACUUUUCAAGAACACCAGCGCAUCCUUGGGUGAGGGUGGCCGGACCGAUGAACCCUCCGUGCCAGGGACGCAACCGGCUUUUCUCGCCGUGUGUUUACGUGAAUUGGAUCAAGGUACCCGCCAAAAUCGGCAGAACGCCCCAGCCAACUAAAGAUGCGGCGCCUUUCAUCCUCGACCGGCUUCUAGAACUACUAGCCGGCCGGAACGACAUAGGGGUAUCCGAGUUUGAGUUAAUCAACUUGGUUUCCCAGUGGCGGAGGAGUAACGACAGAUACCGUGAGGACUCUCUGCACUUCUUCGCCUUGAACGUUCUUACGGCCGAGGAGAAGGCCUGGACAGUGGGGUAG